CAUGCUCUGCGCCGUAAAAAAGCUAGCCUAGAUUGACAGUCUGGCCCUCAUCUUCACCAUUUAGAUCCUCAAAGGCCGAUCUGUGCAGCGGAGGCGACAUCUCGCAGCGCCUCGCAGCCGAAACUCUAAUCUGGGCCACUGCAUCUUCAAGGAGCUUUCGACAGAGAAACAACCAGCGGCGCGAAGUCACAGAUCAUGAGCGAACCCACACCAGAAACGCAACCAAAACUACUGCGCCAGACGUGCCUCGCGUGCCGGCAGAGCAAGGUCAAAUGCGACCGCGCCUCGCCGGCGUGCGGCCGCUGCGUCCGCCUCGGCAUUGCGUGUAUUGAUUCGGCGCCGUCGCGGCGCGGCCGCGGCCGCUCGGUCGGCAAGAAGACGGCCGCGCUCCAGCAGCUCUCGGGCAGCGCCCUGGACUCCGUGAAGAGCGGUCCGGACCACACGACGCGAGAUAUACAAGAUACGGCGACGCGCGGCGGCGCCGUCUCGAUCGAGCACGUGCGCGAGUGGCUCCUCGUCGCAUUGGCGCGAGACUCCUCGACGCUCUUCGCGCGGGCCUCGCUCAUGGCGUCCCAGGGAAAACUCAAGCUCUCGGACGUCUUCGCCGUGCCCGCCGUGAACGGCGCCUGCUGCGCGGUGCGAUCCGAAUGCUGCGCGUUCCACGAGCGGCUCCCGCCCGGUAAUCCCUUCUCGCGGCGCUUUGCGGGACCAGCACCGGUGACGCCGCAGCUCUCGCCGGAGCACCCGCCGUCGACGCUGGACGGCGACGGUGUUGACCCCCCUGCGACCAAACGCGCGCGGGCGGGCCCGAUCCCCGACGCGCCGACGGCGAGGGCGGUCGGCACCGACACGCGCGCCGACGACGCUGCCGCGCAAGCCGCCGAGGCGCUCGCUUCGAGCUUUCCGGUCGCGCUGCCGAACGCGGCGAAGGCGCUACUGAGAACUGCGUAUAACGAGACGUAUGUGUGGUUCCGCGUGUGCGUCGACGGUGCGAUCAGCUUUGGCGCCUCGGCGGCCUUCGAUCACCAGAUCUGUAGCCGUCAAGCGAUGGCCGCGCACUUUUCGCUGAACACCACGCCGGUGCCGUCGCUAUACCACGACGCGGCGGGCCUCGGCAGUCACGCGGACGCCAUCGGUCGGCUCCACGCCGAGCUCGCCCUCAAAUCACGCGCCGCGCCGGGCUCGAAACAUAUCGACUGCACGACGAAGAUGGGUCGUACGAUGCUGAAAGGACGGACUGGCGACAUUCCGUGCGAUGUCGAGCUCUCGCUCAGCGUGUACCACGGCGGCCGCAUCACGGUCAUCGCCCAGGUCUACCACCCGCUCUCCGAAGCGGACCGGCCCGUCUGCCCGGCCACCGCCCACAGCAAGGACGCGCCGCUCUUCGACGAGGACCAGCUCUAUACCCUCGCCGAGCUCAUCUGAUUCUGCGCCGCCGUUCCUCCUUUGAGAAGGCGUGGUCUCCCCUUGUGCCCUAAGUAUACUGAC